AUGGCGCCGACCAAGAAAUUUAGUAAGGCGGCUAAGUUAAAGACGCUUUACCGCCGUCGUUCGAACAUUGUAAAUUCGGCGGAGGUUAUCCAGGCCUUUGACGAUGAGUAUGUCCCGGAUCAAGCUAACCAACUGCCAAUAAGAAUUCAGCAUUUGGAUGAAAUGUGGCGGGAUUUCCAAGCGAUUCAAGACCACAUCGAAGACUUAGAUGAGCCGGAUGAGGAAUUUAGUGAAGAUAGGCGAGAAUUCCAGAAUCUUUACUACGCUUUGAAGGCGUCCCUAGUAAGCAAGGUUCCUCCAUCUCCUCACCCGUUACUACCACCGGCAGUUAGAAACCCCCAACCCCCACAGUCGGUGUCAAAUCUCCGUCUCCCUGAAGUAAAGCUUAAGGAGUUUUCUGGAAAUUUCGACGAGUGGGCAUCUUUUAGCGAUCUUUUUACCUCGCUGAUCGAUUCAAACCCGCAGCUGACCAUGGUACAGAAGCUGUACUAUCUGCGAGCUUCAGUUACUGGCGAAGCUGCCCGCAUGAUUUCCUCCCUCGAUAUUAUCGCUAACAAUUAUCCGGUUGCAUGGAACUUGUUGAAAAACCGGUUUGACAAUAAGCACAUGCUGACAAAAAGGCAUAUGGCUAGCUUGCUUUCUAUUUCCCCCCUAAAGAAGGAAACAGCGACCGGCCUGGUGGAUUUGGUAGAUAAGUUCAACCGCCAUGUCCAGCUUUUGGAUAAACUCGAGGACGUCGAAGAGCACUGGAAUUCGUUCUUGGUCGAACGGUUGAGUAGCUGUCUCGAUCCCACAUCACUCCGUGAAUGGGAGACUCAAUCGGCGGGGGACGAUAGGCAGACAUACAAACAAAUCCUCGAAUUCAUCCAAAAGAGAUCACGCAUCUUGCAAACCCUACAGCUCUCCCAACUAAGCAGCAGUUUUCAAAUCGAAAGCAAGCCUAAGCCUCGUGUGUCUUCGGCUCACGUGAGCACUUCGAGCAGUGCAAGGUGCAUCUGUUGCCAGCAACCACACUUACUUUUCCUGUGUGACAAGUUCCAAAAGCUCACACCACACGAACGGUUCGAUCUAGCCAAGAAGCAUAGCCUCUGCAUCAAUUGCCUGAAAGGGGUUCAUUUGGCGAAAGACUGCUCCAGCGGUGCAUGUAAAACAUGCGCGAAAAAACACCACACGCUUUUGCAUCUGCCACCGCUAACAACGUCUACAGGCGGAUCUGGCGGCCGUCAGUCGCUGCCGGUACAACAAAGCUCUUUCGCGGAAUCGAACCGUUUACAAAAUAGUCCACUGUCACGACUCGGUUCGGUACAUAGCUCUCGGUCGGUUGAGCUUUCGAAUGCCUCUCCACUCGUGUCGUCGUUUAGCGAAUUGUCGUCCUCUCUCGUUUACGAACCUCCCUCGUCGUCGGUAGUAUCGUCCGCCUCAAAUUUGCCUCCUACUGCCUGUCAAAGUGCUGAGUCAAUCCAGCGGCGAAAUCCCAACACCGUGCUACUUUCUACCGCUGUGAUUAAGGUCCUGGAUGCGGACAAUAAAUACCAGUACGCUCGUGCACUCUUGGAUAGUGGAUCCCAGCCCAGCUUCAUCUCGGAAGCACUGUGCCAGAGACUCAACUUGAAGCGGACGAAGCUCAACUCUCCGGUCAUUGGUAUCGGACAGUCUUUGGUCAACGUACACUACGGCGUAACUAUGUCGAUUGCCUCUCGUUUUGGCAUCUUCAUAUCGAGUCUCGAAUGUUUGGUCUUACCAAAACUUACGGUUGCUCUUCCUAGUUGCAACAUCGAUGUUACACGCUGGCGGAUUCCACGGCAUCUUCAACUUGCGGAUCCGCAGUUCAACGUCAGCCAAGGGGUGGAUGUAAUCAUCGGCGCUGAGCUUUUCUAUUCUCUUCUGGAAAAUCAGCAGAUUAGUCUCGGUACGGAUUAUCCAAUCCUUCAAAAAACCGUUUUUGGUUUCGUCAUCUGCGGCAAGGUCACGGAACAAUCCGCCACUGGAGUCGUCGUGCAGUCCAGCCAUCUCUGCACCGACGAGUCGCUUGAUUCUCAGUUGGAAAGGUUCUGGGAGAUUGAGAAUCUUGACAAGGAAAAAUCAUUCACUCCGGACGAGCAGUUCUGUGAGCAACAUUUCCAGAAAACUGUCUCAAGGGACAAGGAUGGUCGUUACAUAGUUCGUCUGCCGUUGCGGGAAGAGCUGGUGCCCCUUAUGGGUGAUUCAUACACUCCUGCACUUCGUCGAUUACUGUCGAUGGAGAAGAAGUUUGCUGUUGACAAGAGCUUUCAUCUCGAAUACGGCAAAUUAAUGGAGGAGUACCAACAGCUGGGCCACAUGGAGGUAAAUUCGCACGCGUUGUCCGGCCCACAGUUUUUCCUUCCCCACCAUGCUAUUCACCGCCCAGAAAGUACAACAACGAAGACUCGAGUAGUAUUCGAUGGAUCCAGCCAUGAUGCCAAUGGCUUGUCAAUCAACGAAGUCUUGGUCAUCGGACCCACGGUGCAACCACCGCUGCAAGCCACUGUCAUCAACUUUCGGGUGCCACGCUUUGUCUUCACCGCUGAUGCACAGAAGAUGUUUCAGCAGAUCUGGAUGCAUUCGGAUGACCGCAGAUUUCAGCAAACUCUGUGGCGAAAUGAUCGAUCGGAGCCGAUUCGGGUUUACCAUACCCUCUUGCAGUGCCAGUCAUUCGAAAGGGAAUCUACGUCGACGAUGUACUGA